CGUUUUGUUCUCCUCGGGCAUCCGUAGAGAUACAUGCGGACUGGAAGCUCGCGAGUGUGGUUGUGAGUAAGCAGAUGGUAUUUUGCUAGCAGAAGACAAUAUUGCUGAUCGCAAAAUAGAAUACAGCGGAGUGUUAAUGUAUAAUAAAGUUUUGUUAGGUGAGCCGUAGCAUAACCACAAUAAAACCACAACAGUAAGAUGGCGGAAUGCACGACGUUAGACAGCCUGUUGGAAAUGGGCUUUGACAGGAACAGAGCGGAGAAGGCUGUUGCACAUACUGGCAAUCAGGGUAUAGAGAGAGCUAUGGACUGGUUGAUGGAACAUGAGAAUGACCCAGACAUCGAUGAGCCUUAUGUCCCGCCGGCAGGGAAUGUCCUGGAGUCUAGUGACAGCCAAGAGACACCAACAGAGCCUACACCAGCAGCAGAGGAGGGGGCAGAGUUGUCAGAAGAGGAAGGACUUAAGAAACCAAUGACAGAAGAGGAGAAACGGGAGCAAAUCAAACGGUUGGAGGAGCUGAUGAAAGUGAAGCAGGAGGAGCGGAGAGAGCGGGAGAGACGGGAGGAGGUGGAGAGGGAGAAGCAGAGACGGAAGCAGGGCCAGGAGCUGCUGCAGGUCAAGCAGAAGCUCCAGGAGGAGGAGAUGAAGAAGCUGACCGAGCAGCGGCGGAGGGAGAAGAUGGAGGACAGGAUGGCCAAGCAGCGAGUUCGGGAGAAGAUUGCCCGGGACAGGGAAGAGAGAGCGCAGAAGUUUGGGGGGGGCUCUUCAGUGGUCUCUCCUACAUCUCCCCCCUCUGAGGCCGCCCCCUCUGCUUCUUCGGGUAGCCAAGGGCCUCCGCCAGCCAAGAAGGACUACGACGAGUCUCGGAUACAGGUGCGUCUGUUGGAUGGCUCCACCCUGACUGCUGUCUUCAAGGCGCAGGAGCCAUUGGCUGCGGUGAGAGUCUAUGUGCAGAUGAAUGGGGUGGAAGGCCAGGACUUCACCCUGCUGUCCCCCUACCCCCGGCGCGUCUACACUGACAUGGACAUGGAGAAGCCCCUGCGGGAGCUUGGUCUGGUGCCGUCUGCUGUCCUAGUUGUUGCCAAAAAGUGAGGUUAAAGAGGAACCCUGGGAGACGACAACACCAGAACACCAACCAGUGAACUGAAGGAAUUUGGAUGACUAAAAACAGAGAGUGGAACAACAAUAAAUGGCGCUUAUUAAUA